GUGAAUUGUGCACUGAGAGUCAUUGUCACGAUUAACCCCUAGGGUAUUCACAGCUGGACAUGGAGACGGACAAGGCUCGGAAAUCGCUGAAGCAACUCGCCAACAAAGGCGACGUCAAAUCUUCGCGCAUACUUGCCAAGGAGAUAGUGCGCAGCAAUAAACAGAAGGAUCGGAUGAGUGUCGCCAAGGCAAGGCUUGGUUCCAUCGGGAUUCAAUUGCAGAACCAGCUUUCCCUUUCAAAAAUAACCGGAUCGCUACAGAAAUCUACAGAGAUUCUCAAGCUCAGCAACGAGGCUAUAAAACUCCCGCAAAUAAGUGGUGUAAUGCGGCAGAUGAGCAUGGAGAUGACCAAGGCAGGUAUCAUGGAGGAAAUGGUCGACGACACAUUAGAGGAGCUUGAUCAAGACGAGGAGCUAGAAGAGGAAGCUAAUGAGGAAGUCGACAAAGUGUUAUUCGAGCUUACGGACGGCAAAUUUGGAAAGGUUGGCGAAGUCAGUACUACUCUUCCGAAUGAGGUCGAGGAGGAAGCCUUGCAUGAGGAAGAGAUGGACAGGAUGCGUAGGCAAUUAGAGGGACUAAUAAAUGGGUGAAUUCUUUUGAUUUAUGCGUUGCACUUUUUGCCCUCCAACUCCAAGGGCUGCUAUACCCUCACAAAUGUAAUACUUCCAUGCAAUUCCCAUCCAGACGUAGAUCCUAAACACUGAACUACCAUUGAUUUCUCAAGCUGGUCUACCCGUCACUGCUUCGAUAUGGUAUCUGCUGCAAU